AUGUCUGUCCACGAAGCGUAUCGAGUCCUGGGUGUGCCGGAAGGCUCAAGCCCAGACACUAUCAGGAAUGCCUACCGGAUACUGGCUUUGAAAUGGCAUCCAGAUCGCCAUCACAACAUUUACGACAGAGACACAGCAGCAAGGCACUUCAUGGAGGUUACAAACGCUUAUAGGACGCUAGUUCGACACGGCUAUCCCAAAGCCCAACACUUGCCCCGACUUAACACCCGACCAAACCAUCCAUCGAUACGCCAAAUACCUCUAAUGCCCCCCCAAAGUAGUAGCAAAUCCUCAGUCUCCCUAGACUCCUUUAUUCAUCUCGUGGCUUCGAGCACUGAAUCCCUUACAACUUCACCGUCGUCCAGUAAUCGCGACAGUCCACGCUCGUCAUGGAAGCAGGGCGUACGCCAGCCUGCGGAUACGAUGGCUUCUCAGUACCGCAACCCCGCCGUUCGACCCGCCCACACUUUUACUUACGAUGGGCCACGUCGAGGCGGCGACGGACCUGCUAUAUACAAAGCUCCUCCCCGUUUCGCCCCUCCUGCGCCCCAGAAAGAGGCCAAGUCGAGUACGAAAACUUCGCGACCAAAUAUUUCUACUCCCUAUUGCACUCGUCCAGCACCACCUCCGAGCCGCUAUCCACCCCAGCCGCUUCAAUUCAGAGACCAUCCGAAGCCACGUACUCAGCUACCACCCUAUGGAAUCCCACUCGCCUCUAUCGGACUCGGUCGGUCCUCAGAGUGGAUUUAUUCCUUAUCUCUCACUCUCGAAGAACUCUUCACUGGCAAACACUGUCGCUUUGGCAUCACACGCUCCUACAUCUCAAACAAGACGAAGAACGUGGUUAUAGAAAUUGACGUUCCUGCGGGGUGCCGGCCAGGUACCAGAAUCCUCUGCCGCAACGUCGGUCACGAAUGGAAGCCUGGUGUCUUCCAGGAUAUCGCAUUUAUCAUCGAGGAAGCACCUCACGAUCGGUUCGUACGACUCUUCGACGACCUCAUUAUGGAUGUCCGACUACCGUGGGUCGACAGCCUGCGACGCCAGGGAGGGAAGGUGCCCUUCAUGGGCAUUGACGGCAGGAGCCUUCUCAUCCAGAUCGACUACCCGGAGGACAAAAACAUGAAGGGCCGGAGUGUCAUCAAGGGAGCUGGGAUGCCUAUUAGGGAGCGUGGACGGGUGGCCGGGAGAGGGAACUUGAUUGUUCAGUGGGAAAUUCUUCCUCCAAAAGCCAAAAUCCUUCAUUUUAUGAAGCGCUUAUGGGGCGGCAAGUGA